AUGAUUAAUUCCCUCCACUCAUCAAGCUUCGCUCCCACCGUCACUACUCCGUCCAGUGCGUCCACUACGGACACUCUCACUCAUUUCCAUGACACCGUCGCACAACACGACACGAACUGGAAAAGGAAGCCAACCUUCAUCAAUCACUACAAUUUACAGUUACACGGUGGACGACCGCUACAGCACCGCGAACCGGCAGCAAGGAGCAAAAGCCGUGAACCAUCAUGCGAUACCUUGCUCCGUAAAGAACAGCAGAAACAAGCAAACACGUACGCAAACACGCAAACAUCCCACACCAUCUGCCGUCGAACAGCCUUGCACUCUCUGGUCGCACUUUGGCUUCGCAAACUCGAGGCUGGCGCUGAUCUUGCACACAAAUCAUUGACCGCCCUACCCCGUACUCUGCAACGCGCAGCACUCACUCUCUCUCGCGCUCGCCUUCACGUGCCUACCCUCGUUCCUCCAGCCAGACAGACAGCCACCCACAACCCACUAUCCGUAUUCCGUACCAAUGCGCAGAUGGGCUUUGCUCGCUCAUUGCUGGGCCGGCUGUUCGGGCUAUCCAUGCUCCAUCCCACUCAGACCAGCCCUGCCAAACUGCUACCCUCAGGGGUCUUCAAUCUUGCGCCGAUGAACCCUGGCCCCUCAACACGUCCUUGA